GUUUUUAAUACAGUUUCCAUAGAGCUUUCGCAGCGUUCACUGAUCAGAGAAUAUCUUUAAAAGUGCCGUAGUUGGGUGUGCAGAAGGAGAUUACCUGUUGGCCAAUUGAUUGAUUGUGCAGUGUUUGUUCGGUGUGACACGGUGUGUGCAUACCUGAAAGCCGUUUUAGUGUAUUUGGACAUUUGAGGUUCCUGGAAAAGGACAUUCCGUUCACAGUGCGGAAGCGAAAAACAGUGCGUCAAGAUGAAAUAUAGCAUAGUUUUUGUGGUUGCUUUAUUUGGAGCCGCAAUGGCCCAGGAAAGUUUUAAAUGUCCAGAUGACUUCGGCUUUUACCCACAUCACACAUCCUGUGACAAAUACUGGAAGUGCGACAACAAUGCGGCGGAACUGAAAACCUGCGGAAACGGUCUGGCCUUCGACGCGUCGGAUUCGAAAUAUCUGACAGAGAACUGUGAUUACCUGCACAAUGUUGACUGUGGUGACCGAACCCAGCUAGAACCACCAAUCUCCACCCCACACUGCGAUCGUCUGUAUGGUAUCUUCGCUGACCCCACGAAGUGCGAUGUUUUCUGGAACUGCUGGAACGGCGAAGCCUCCCGCUACCAAUGCUCUCCUGGAUUGGCCUACGAUCGUGAAGCCCGUGUGUGUAUGUGGGCCGAUCAGGUUCAUGAGUGCAAGGUCGAAGAGGUAGCCAAUGGUUUCGCUUGCCCAGCUGCCGGUGAAAUCUCGAAUGCUGGAUCCUUCUCGAGACACGCCCAUCCAGAGGAUUGCCGCAAGUACUAUAUCUGCUUGGAGGGAGUUGCCCGCGAGUACGGAUGCCCAAUUGGAACCGUUUUCAAGAUCGGUGAUUCUGACGGAACUGGAAACUGCGAAGACCCAGAAGAUGUCCCCGGAUGUGAAGAUUACUAUGGUGACUUGGACUUGAAAAGCAUCCGUAAGAGCGAACUCCUCGCCGGUCUCGCCCUCCAGCAAGGUGGUGCCGGUGCACCAUCCAAACCCCAUGCUAAAUCGAACCGCCCAUCUGCGAAGGAAAAUUAAAACAAAAAACAGAAACGUACUUCUAUAAAACCUAGAGACUUAGACGCUAGGGGCAGUAGUGGAACUAGUUUCUAAGAUGUAAUACGCCUAAUUUGAAAGAUCCUCCUUGAAAGAACAUCUCGCUUAUUGCCGGAGGGACAUAGACUGUUAUUAAAGUAAAGAUUUUAGUUAAGUGAUAGUCAGAGAGGGAUACUCAAAUCAGCUGAAAUUGACACUAUUAAAAAGUAAAACACCCAUUCGAAGUUGUUUCAAAAAAUUUCACUCCUAGCAAGUUCUAGCUUCACUAGAUCAGAAAUACACUUUUUUAAUUUAUUUAUUUUGCUUCGUCCUAGUUAAGAUGCCAUGUGAGCACAAUGACGCGCGUGUUUUGUUUUGUUCCAGUAAUCUACUUGUCCAUACCCUUGAGGCCUCUCAGUUUUACAUUUAUACUUACUGGGGAAUACUUCCCCAAAACAAACCAACUUUUCUAUGAAAACGAGAUUUCAUUCGUGUGUAAAAAUUGGAAAAUUGAAAGGCUUACACCUAAACAAACCUAAGAGAAGAAAAGAAAAUAAAACGGAAUAUCUCAAAAAAUCCCAAACAGUAA